GUGUAAGAAUGUUACAACAUUUUUUGUUACAGUGUAACAGUCUGUGCUACAGAACGCUCUAAUAUUUCGCGGGAAGCCACGCAGCAGGUACGCUGAGUGAAGAUGAAAGCGUUUUAAAGUUGUGUUUGUUUGUUGUAUAGUGCAAAUUUGUGUGAAUUAUUUGAAUCCGAGGGUAAGAUAGAGAGCUGCUCAUAUUGAUAGCAGUAUCAAGAAAACAACUGACACUGUAUUGAAGGUGAUCAGAAUGACGUAAGACGUAACACGUAUUUUGCUUCUUUGCAUAUGCAUUCAUUUUACAUUAUAUUUAAGAUAUGACCAAUGAAAACUGAGUGUGUGUUGACAUGAUGUUCAUGGUCGGUUGCAUGCUACAUGUAGACUAUACUCACACAGUUCAUAUAAUGCUACAUGAAUGAUAGCCUGAUAAUGUAUAUACAAUAUUUAACACUUAUUUUAACGCUGAAACGGUGUGAUUCAUACACGUAGGCAUGUCUCUCAAGGCUCUACAGAGACUGUACCAACCCUUGAGGAGGACUCAAGCCUGUGGAUUUGCUCACAGAACAUUGAAUGGAUUAGACAGUGCGUAUGUGUGUUUGCUUAACACGGUGAAAAAAACUAGGCUAUGGCUAGGUCUAUGACAGGCUAUGUCUGUGACAUCAGGGGAUGCUACAGCUGCAUGCAGACAGAUAAUUUAUUUCUGUUUUGUUAUUUAUUUAUUUUUUUAUCAUUUUUUAUUGCAUCACAAAUGCCAUGGACUCGGCUGGACUCUGCAAAAAAUCCUGAGUCCCAAUUAAGGCUGCUUUUCUUGGGAUGUACAGGAUAAGUUGUGGCCGAGUUCUGGUGCAGUGGCAAAUUGGUUGGUCACAGUUGUGGUCCAAUUACGGCUGCAUGCUGGAGGGACAGGAUAAGUGUGGCUGAGUUUUUGGCCUCUUUCUGGGGAGGAUACGGUUUACAUUCGCUAAGUGGGUUUUGGGCCAAUUUUGGACCGUAAUUCCAUGUGGUAUGUGGGCCAAUCUCACAGGUGGAGUGCAGGCAGAUCUGAGCCAAGAAAAUUUUGCUGUCUGAGAAAGGCUCAAGUCCAAGUCAAGUUAGAGUAAAAAUGCAUCCGAAUCCGUGGACUCGGACUCAAAUCCCAGUCUGAACUUGAGUACCCCAACUCAGUUACACUGUUAACCUUACCCUUAACCCUAACCCAAUCCUUACCCUAACACCUAACCCUACUUCUAAACCUACCCGUACCUCAGCCUCGGUAGCAGCACAUGUUAGAAUUUUGCAGAACAACAUGUAGUUACACAGUAAAAACAUGGUUUUGAAUGUAUUUUAAUGUUAGUACAUAGUAGUUAAAUACACCUUAUAUAAAGUGGCACACCCUUUUUAACAGAUGCUGAAGUCUGGACAAAGAUUUAAACUGUCCAGGGCUGAAGUUAUGUAGAAAAUAGGGGAGCUGUUUGCCUUGAGGUGAUGACCCAAUGCGGGACUACUGUUUUGUUUUUUAUUUUGUGUCAGUUUUGUCUACCUCUCUUCUUGUAAUCUCUUCACACCUUCACAGGCACUGUAUCAUCCUCAGUUCUGACCUGCUGAUCACACCUGAUUUCUACUGGGAGAGAGAAGACAUGGAGCAGCUCUAUGACAAGACAUGUCAUUUCCUUAAUAUUAACCGAAGAGUCAAGGUAAACCAGUCCACUCAGCGGCCAUCUUUGGAAUGCUGUUGGGAAGUCUGGGCAGCGUCAUGAAGGUGCAGCUCCUAUCUACUUGAAUGGGAAAAGACCGAAAUCUCCAAAACGUGGAAAGGGCUAUGUAAAAGAAGAGUAGUGAAGACAAGGGAAGGACCAAGUGAUAGUGGGCGGGAUCCCGGCUGCCGCGACACACUCCCCUCCAUGGUCCGAGGCGCGUGGGGCUGCGGCUUUACUGAAGUAGCCAGGCUUCCCUGGGCCUCGGCACUUGAGGGGAAUAGCGGCCUGGCAUCCUGGCCUGUCGGCCGCGAUUCAUGCUCCAAUCCCUGGUGUUGCAUCUGACUGGGUUCCGGGGUGCAGGUUCGGCGAUGCACCUAACUCACACCGGACCCUCCUCUUUCUGUUCCUGGAUCUGCGAAGACGCCAGCAGGUAGAGACCGGUCUCCCGAGAAGAGGCGCGCUCUGUGUUUAAAGGCAACGGUGAUGAGGCUCUUCAUUGGGUUCAGGCAAUUUCUGUAUCUAAAAGGGGAUUGGCUAUUUUACCUGUAAGGCGGGACUUCCUUUCUACAUCCGUUGGAUGUUGGCUGCCGUUGGGCGUUCUCCCAUUCAUUUUAAUAGAAGUGGCCUGUCUCUGCUAAAUAGUCUCUGUUUUGACACACAGGAAAUGUUCAUGGAACAAUGACGUCACCAACGAACAGUCCUUGAAAUGGUCUAUUAUUCACACAUGCAAAUUAUUUUGGCAUAAUGACUAUUUUUGCUGAAUUAAAUACAAACAGAAUGUGUGUACUUUGCAGUUGUCAAUACUGCUCCUAUAAUGCCAUAAGAUAAACUAACUGAAUGUCCAGAUAAAACCAUUUUAAAAUGUAUCAAUGUAAACAUCACCCUAUAGCUGUUGAUCUAAUUGAAAUGCAUUGUUUGUUUUCUAUGUUGUAAAUGAGAAGCUCCAGCAUUGCACUGAACUAAUAUACCUUAAGAGGAAUCACCUCAGUGAGAAACACAGUCUCAGAUUAGAGUGGAUGAUCGUCAUACUCAUCACCAUUGAUGUUAGAAAACAGUGCUUGACAAUGAUAGAAUGCCUUAAAGGGAUAGUUCACCCCAAAAUAAAAAUUCUCUCAUUUAUUCACCCUCAUGUCAUCCCAGAUGUGUAUGACUUUCUUCUGCAGAACACAAAUGAAGCUUUUUAGAAAAAUAUUUCAGCUUUGUAGGUCCAUACAAUGCAAGUCAACAGGGUUCAAAACUUUGAAGCUCAAAAAAGCACAUAAAGGCAGCAUAAAAGUAAUCCAUAUGACUGUAGUGGUUUAAUCCAUGUCUUCUGAAGCCAUCCAAUCAGUUUUGGAAGAGAACAGACCAAAAUGUAACUCCUUUUUAGCUAUAAAUCUUGAAAUCAGCUGUCUCCUUGGCAAUCAUGAUUUCAAGCUCGAUUACACUUCCUAGCGCCAUCUAGAGCUCUGCGCGUGUGUCAAACGCUAGUAAGUGUAAUCGAACAUGAAAUCAUGAUCGUGUCUAGAGACUGCAAUGGAAAGGUGUACAGUGAAAAAUAAUCAUAUUUUGGUCUGUAAUCACCCAAAACCGAUUAGAUCACUUCAGAAGACAUUAAUUAAACAACUGGAGUCUUAUGGAUUACUUUUAUGGUGCCUUGAUGUGCUUUUUGGGGUUUUGUACUUAAAUCUUUGUAAAACUAAAAAAUAAUUUCCCUUCUGUAAAUAAGGUUUAAGUUCUCAUUGAUCAGUGAUCUGAUCUGUUGUUAUAAUUAAUGUGACAGUGAGACAUUCAGUAAAGAGGUUUUUCAAGUAUUCCUACAUAGUGGAUAAAUAGUGUUUUUCUUGUAUUUUUUUAUAGCCUUAGUUUUGUCAAAGUCACGGACAGAAAAUCAAUAUUUUAAAUAUUAAUAUACUUAUAAUAUCCUGCUAAUAUACCGGUCAUGUUUGUUAAACCAACAUGAAUGGAAGCCAAUAAAAUGAGUAGUUUUUAAUGCAUCAGGUGACAGCUGGUUUUGAAUGUGUUUUAAAUGUUAAUGUAAAUAAUAUAAUUAUGAUUGCAUUAUAUUACCACUUUCGAAAGGUUUAAUUAAAACAUUACUUGAGUCUUGAUCUUGUUUUGGAUUCAUUAAAAAAAGUUUAAAACUUCAUGGAUAAAUAUACAGAGAUAAGUUUACAGCAAAGAGUUAAUGAGUGAAUUCAGUCCACUGUGUUGAAUUCUGAAAUAACAUUCAUGACAUGAUCUGACCUCAUUCAUGUUAUACAUUUAACACAUUUAUGCAUUAUUUAACCAUUUACAGUAAAGCUUUGCAGCUCAAAUCACACUCAUCGCAUAUAUGAACACAUUGUGACGUCAUGCUCAUGUGCUACAAUUGAGAUGAUUGUUUGUUCGAUCAGUCUCCAGUGAUUGACAGCAGUCCGGCGCGCGCUCGUGUCAUGUGAUGAUUCAAACACUCCGGAAAACAGCAGCUGAUCACUGACUGAGCUCAUGCAGCUCGAUGGAGAGGUUUUCUUGGUUUCUCUAACAACAAGUUCAGUUUAAAAUAUUUAUAAGCGCUCUGUGGAGAAAGAGGAGAGUGUGGAAAAAUGGACUUGGCCCACCAUGGUCUUGUUCUUCUGAAAAGUCUCAAUGCUCAGAGGGAGUUUGGUUUCCUCUGUGACUGUACUGUGACCAUUGGGGACGUUCUUUUCAAAGCCCAUAAAGCUGUUCUUGCAGCUUUCUCAAACUACUUCCGUAUGCUGUUUAUUCACCAAGACAGUGACUGUGUUCGACUGAAGCCUUCAGAUAUACAACCCGACAUCUUCAGCUACUUGCUUAACCUAAUGUAUACUGGCAAAUUUACCACACAGCUCAUUGACCCUCUUUGCCUUGAGCAGGGUGUAAAAUUCCUGCAUGCUUACCCUUUAUUACAGGAGGCAAGCCUUAUAAACCCUGAGUCCCAGUACGUACCUUUGACAAACUCCCUUUAUGGCAUACAGAUAUCUGAUCAGACAUUCAGCCUAACCAACAAUAAUACAACUUGCACUGAAGAUGCUAACAACUGUGAAAUCAGGGGCCAAAAAUGUUCAGAGAUGUCUGAUGUGGGGUAUACAUCUCCACAACCUGUUGGCAUAGAGUCACCUACCCAGAAUGUUGCUGCCACCAUGAUCCAACAUCUCACCUAUGGCAUAAUGAGGAGAAACAAAUCCACUAGAAAGCAUUACAACUGCAAUUAUUGUGGAAGCCGUUUCAACCAUAGGUGCAAAUUAAAGGAGCAUCUACUUGUCCACACCAACCAAGCAAGAGAGCCUGCAGUGUCAUCUAUACAAAAUGAUUACACUUUUGAGGAUGAAGGUCAGGAAAUGGAAGAGGACAAUUUGCAUGCUGACAGUGAUGUUAUAAGUGAUACCGAUCAACAAACAUGGAUGGAAGACACCCCACCGUCCUCUGACAUUGCUGAUAUAGACAACCUGGAGGGCACCGACAUGGAUCGUGAAAUGAAGCGGCGAAAAUUUGAAUGUCUGACCUGUGGCCGCAAGUUCAUUCAGAAGAGCCACUGGCGUGAACACAUGUAUAUUCACACAGGAAAGCCGUACAAGUGUAUUGCUUGUGGGAAAAGCUUCUGCAGAGCUAACCAAGCUGCUCGACAUGUUUGUUUGAGUCAGGACGGGGAGUCGUACAUUAUGGUGAACAAGCAAAGUUUGGUUCUUUGUGGUGGAGAAGACAGCAGUCAGAUGGAUGCUCUCUUCCUAUCUUCAGAAAGACCCUACAAAUGCAGCAUGUGUGCAUUACCUUUCGGCAGCCCAUCUGAGGUUCCCAAACAUCAGUGUUUGGCUAACGACGAGGCUACACCAUUAGUAGAAAAUGAGAAUAGGGGUUUAGUGACAACAAGUACUCCUCUGGUAAUCAAUACUUCCUAGAAUAUCUUGCUGACCCAGCAUUAGCCAGUAUCAGUGCCAAUGUUUGACUUUAUAUUUAUUUAAUUAAAGUCCAUUUUUGUAUUAUAAACCUGGUUUAAGAGAAGUAUUUAAGGUCCACUACAUUUGUUUUUAUUUCAUUUUAUUUCCAGAGUUUUUACAAAGUUCAUGCAUCUGUUUGUUUGGAACUAAUAAAAUGGCAAAAACAUUUA